CCUAACUGCGUGGGCUGUUAGAUUAAGCCACUGCUGCAGCAUCAGAAGGGGUUUAAUCUACGAGAAGCAGCAGCAGAGAGAGACACUAUUUCCCAGGCUCUAUCUUACCUAGUGUCAGUUCUUUUAUUUGACUGUACAAGAACCGCUGGUCAUCAAGGACACAUACAAGAGGAUAGAAUAUCAAGGAAGGAGGAAAACUGAGCUUCUUUGACUGGAGCAGAGAGAUAAAUAAAGCAUCAUAGUGUCUGCUGCAGACACCAGACACAGCCAUUAUGACCCAGGGCAAGCUUACAGUCGCAAACAAGGCUGCUGAAGCAGGAGAGAAGCAGUAUGGCACUUCGAGUGGAGAAGCAGGAGGGCCACCGGCCCCUCCCACCUAUGAGGAGGCCACUGGCGCAGGUGAGAAAGCAGGCCUCAGCGGCAGCCCCUGUUACAGCGGGGCUUAUCCUAGUGAUGGGGAGAUGCUCACAGAAUUCAGCUGGAGUGAUAAAAACAUCAGACGGAUCUUUAUCCGCAAGGUUUACGCCAUCUUGAUGAUUCAACUUCUUGUCACUCUUUCCAUUGUGGCUCUCUUCACAUUCUGUGAACCAGUGAAGAACUACAUUCAAUCCAACCCUGGAUGGUACUGGGCUUCUUAUGCUGUGUUCUUUGUCACAUAUAUUACACUCGUCUGCUGUCCUGGACCAAGGAGACAGUUUCCAUGGAAUCUGAUCCUGCUCGCCAUCUUUACCCUCUCUCUCUCCUAUAUGACAGGGAUGCUAUCCAGUUAUUACAACACCAAGUCAGUGGUGAUGUGUUUGGGUAUUACUGCUAUGGUCUGCCUUACUGUCACUCUUGUCAGCUUCCAAACUAAGUUUGAUGUGACAUCAUGCCAAGGUGUAUUGUUUACCUUCUGCAUGGUUAUGAUGGUGUCUGGACUGGUCCUGGCCAUCGCAUUGCCCUAUGGAUAUGUGCCCUGGGUGCAUGGUGUCUAUGGUGCCUUGGGAGCGUUACUUUUUACCAUGUUUUUGGCGUUUGACACCCAGCUACUGAUGGGGAACAAGCGCUACACAAUAAGUCCAGAGGAAUACGUCUUUGCCACUCUCAACAUCUACCUCGACAUUAUCUACAUCUUCUCCUUCUUCCUGUCCCUGUUCGGAACAGAGAGGACAAACUGAAUCCACCUCCAGGCCAGCAUCUCAGCUUUUCCAUCCAAACACGGCCCGUAUUCAUAGUCUCAGAGUAGUAGUGCUGAUUUAGGAUCGGCUUUGCCAUUUAGAUCACGGUGAAAAGUGUCGUACACACAUUUGAGCCUAGGUCGGCACUACUCGGAGACACGGUAUGAAUACAGGCUCUGAUCUCACCAUCAAGAUGUACUGUACACAACCUAUUGAUCCUUGAUCCACCACUUCUUCCCACAGUCUCAGCUUAGUGUGAUCCUCCUUCCCCCUCUAGCAUGAUAUGGACCUAUACUACUUUAUUGUCUGCUUAGCUGUCAAUCUCCAGAAUGUACAGUACUUUUCACCUAUAGGGUCGGCGAUCUAUAGAAUUACAUUGCUAACGGUAGAUAGGUGUGAAAAACACAUGCAAAAUCCUGAGUCUGUCUAAAAGCUAGAACUGUAGGUGUUUUUGUCUUAUGCAGAUGUGAUGUCCUUGCUUUCUCCUGUCUUUUAACAACAGCAGUUAUGAAUGACACUGCUCUACAGGGGAUUAUCACCUCUUAUGAAGAGGAACUUAAAGUAUCUGCCCUAAAGGCAUGAAUAUCUGAAUAUAUUUCAGUGUAGCAACAUAGACAUCAUUGUGCUUAGUUCAUCAGUAGUGCACUUGGCUACAUCCAAUUCCAUCAGUGUAUAACACAUUGUGAUGACCCUCAGCUUUAGAGUAGAGAGAGAGAGUGAGUGUAAAGUAUUACUUUAUUGACCUGAACUUGGGAAAUUGUUUUGUCACUCAGCAUCGUCAAUAAAUUAAAAAUGACAAGACACGUAUCCAUGACAAAAUCAAUUAAACACAUAUUAAGACACAUAUAAAUCAAUGGCAUCUGUGCACAGUAUGUCUGUGGUUUGUUGUUUCUCCUCCAGUCUGUCAACUCUUAACCUACUGGUUGAAAUCUCAAAGGAACAUAAGAUCUGGAACAUGCAGGCAAUUCAAUCCAAUUCUGAUUUAAUUUGAAUGUAGGCAAAUUACUUGGCUUUCCUUAGCUGCUUUAGACUAAAAUAGUUAAUCUAGUUGCACUAAAACUGGAGAUGUAAUGCAAUCCUGUCAAUAUGAUGAGCCAUAGUCCAAUGAUGUCAGUAGGGGUUUACUCACCACCCUUCUCUUUCUUUGUAACAUUCUGUUCUGUAUUAUUGUGUUGUGUUAACACACCCCUCCAUGUUAACAUUUUCCAGCUAGGUUGGCGGCUAUUUAACUCUUCACUUUUUAUUUAUUUACAGAUAGCUAAACCAGAGUCAUCCCACUGGGCACAGAUGUCAAUCCAAUGUCUAUUCCACAUUGGUUCAACGUCAUUUUUGUUGAAAUGACGUGGAAACAACGUUGAUUCAACCAGUGUGUGCCCAGUGGAAUAUAUUUAGAAUCUAAAUAUCUGGUUCUGGGACUGGGUUAAACCAAUGAUUUGAUACAUAUGCUUUGCUAAGCAUGUUUUGGGGGCCAAUCUGGAAAACUUUUACAAUGUGGGGAUGUGGAAAAUGUAUGUAUUUGCUCCAGUAGUUAUACAGUGCCCUCCGUAAUUAUUGGGACAGUGACACAUUGUUGUUGUUUUGGCUCUGUACUGCAGCGCUUUGGAUUUUAAAUUAUACAAUGACCAUGAGGUUAACAUGCAGACUGUCAGGUUGAAUUUGUGGGUAUUUUCAUCCAUAUCGGGUGAACCAUUUAGAAAUUACAGCACCUUUUGUAUAUAGUCUGACCAUUUUAGGGGACCAAAAUUAUUGGGACAAAUUCCCUUUAUAUGUGUAUUAAAGUAGUCAAGUUUAGUAUUUGGUCCCAUAUUCCUAGCACACAAUGAUUAAAUCAAGCUUGUGACUCUACAAACUUGUUGGAUGCAUUUGCUGUUUGUUUUGGUUGUGUUUCCGAUUAUUUUGUGCCCAAUAGACAUUCAUGGUAAAUAAUGUAUUGCAUUACAAUAUCAGGGGAGGUAAUCAUAGUAGCAUCCACAUUAAUGUAGAAGUGUUUAGAAAUAUUAUAUUCUUAUUUACAGUAAAAGUGACUCCAAAGUGACACAAUACAUUAUUUACCAUUCAUUUCUAUUGGGCACAAAAUGAUCUGAAACACGACCAAAACAAACAGCAAAUGCAUCCAACAAGUUUGUAGUCAAAAGUUAAAUGUAAUUGUUGCGUGCUAGGAACAUGGGACGAAAUACUACACUUUUGACUACUUUAAUCAAAUCAAAUUUUAUUGGUCACAUACACAUGGUUAGCAGAUGUUAAGGUGAGUGUAGCGAAAUGCUUGUACAUAUAUAAGUGAAUUUAUCCCAAUACUUUGGGUCCCCUAAAAUGGGGGGGGGGGACUAUGUACAAAAAGUCCUGUAAUUUCUAAACGGUUCACCGUCAUUGUAUAAUUUCAAAUCCAAAGUGCUGGAGUACAGAGCAACAACAAAAUCACUGUCCCAAUAAUUACGGAGGGCACUGUAAAUUGAUGGCUUAACCUUGUGACAUAAUGUUUUUAUAGACACUGAAAGAGUUGAUAUUUUUUUGUAAAAGCAAAGAGUUUUGAUUAUUGUGACAAGAAAGAGUUAACUUUAAACAUGCUUGCAAACUUUCUUGAUGUGUACAUGGCAAGAAAAUAAUACUACAUUGUAUUUGGCCUGAAAAACGCAUACAUAUAUUUUCUUAAUAAAACCCUGAAUGGUUCAUCUGUGUAUGAAAUAUGUGGCCUUGGAAUAGUCUUAUCUGAACAAAUUGUAAUUAAUUUGCUGUUGUAAAAAAAAUGCUUCUCUUGGUUAAGUGCGUUGAGUGUUAUUCCAUAGUGUGUUAAGAAAUUAAUUUCUAUUUACAAUUCUUGCUGUAAAUAAAAGAAAAAUGUACUCACCAA